CGGUGCUUGACGUCGGUAGCGCGCCCGUACGUGAGUGUGGAGGGACGCGGGAAGUUUGUAAAGGGAAGGAUAUCGGGCGGGCGUACGAUGAGCAGCAGGAAACAUCUACAGGAAAUUCCUGCUUCUGCCAGGAACUCGGCGAGCUGGACAUGGGACUCCAAGAAGAGCUCCGACCUGCUUUGUGGCAUGGGAGUGACACCCAUGGAGAAAGAUGCACUGGACACAGAAAAUACUCCUCUGGACCAAAUCAUAAAGAUUACUCCACCACAGAAGCGGCAGAAGCCAAAGGAGAAAGAUGACACCUUUGUCAUUGCUAGACGCCCAAGAGCAGCCAAAAGCUCUGCACCAGGAAUAUCAUGGGAUUCCCUACCAGAUGAGUUGGUUCUGGGCAUCUUAUCCUAUCUGCCUCUAGCUGAACUAUUGAAAGCAUCUGGCGUUUGUAAACGUUGGAGGAGACUAUCGUGUGAUGAAUCGCUGUGGCACAGUUUAGACCUCACUGGAAAACAUUUGGUGGACGGCGUUAUCGGAUAUUUAUUGUCUCUGGGAGUGGUUGUGUUGCGCUGUCCUAGAUCUUGUAUUGGAGAACCAAUGUUUAAACAGAUCAGACCUUUGCGUCUACAACACGCAGACUUUUCUCAUUGCACAAUCAGCAUAGACGCUUUGCGGAGUAUGAUUUCCCGAUGCCACAGGCUGCAGAAUUUGAGUGUGGAAGGGCUGGAGCUGACUGAUGACAUCAUUAGUGCCAUCGCCCAGAAUUCAGAUCUGGUAAGACUGAACCUUGGUGGUUGUUUCGGCUUCUCGUCAGAAUCGCUAUCGCACAUGCUGAACAGCUGCUCUAGGCUGGAUGAAUUGAACCUCUCCUGGUGUGACUUUACAACGAGCCAUGUGAAGAGCGCGGUGGUUAACUUUCCUAGAGGCUUAACACAGCUGAAUUUAAGUGGAUAUCGGCAGAACCUGGAUUUAGCUGAUCUAGAGGCUUUAGUGCAAAGAUGUCCUGAACUUACCAAUUUAGAUUUAAGUGACAGUGUAUUGCUGACCCCAGAAUGCUUUCCAGUGCUCCACCAACUGCUUCACCUCCAGCAUCUCGGCCUCAGCCGCUGCUAUCAGAUCUGUCCUGCAUCCUUGCUUGAUCUGGGGAAGCACAUACCCCUGAAGACGCUCAGUGUAUACGGCAUAGGGACUGAUAGUUCCUUGGAGUUACUGAAAGAAUCUCUGUCUCACAUUAAGAUAAACUUUUCUUUCUUCAGUACCAUUGCCAGGCCCACCACAGGCCACAAGAGGAACCGGGACAUAUGGGGCAUAAAAUGCAAGUUGUCAUUAAACCGCACAGACUGUUGACAGGAAAGGAAUCUCUGUCCCAGAUAUCCAGAAACUUGAAUUGACAGAAUUGAACAAGACUUUCUACUUUUUACCCUAUGAAGUACUGUGCGUAGCAUUUCUAAACCAAUCCUAACCGUAUUUAUGGACAGGGAUCUACUGAACAUUCCCGGGAUGGUGCUGAUGUGUCACGUCACACACUGCCAGAUUAAUUUUUACAAUAUCGGUCUAGUCUAUUGCCCAGAGCAGCUAACCAAACAUCUACUGCCAUUAUCACAUUGCAACCUGGUUGCUGUGGGCAGCACUCGAUACAUAGAGACUGGCUGUUUCUGAAUUUGCUGCCGACACAACACAGCACAUAUCCUAUUUUUUUUAUAUUUUUACCCUUAAUGAUUUUAUAGAAGAGAGCAUUGAAGGACUUCAUGGAAGCUGGUUUUAAGCAAUGCAAUACAAAUUGAGAUCUCUGAUGUUUUGUAGGGCUGAAAACAUGGAAACUAAACAUCGUUCUUAAA